GGAGAUCUGCACACACUCGCACACACGAGGAGUGGGGGGGGGUUGAGCCGCCGCCGCCGCCGCCUUUGCCGCCGCCAGGGUAGAGUCGGGUCCGAGGCUGUAGCGGCGCCGCCGGGGUUUGUGUCUCUCUCCCCCUUUUCCCUCUUCCCUCGUCCCCCUUUCCCCAAGUCAGCGCGCCCCGCUCGCCCCCCAUCCCUGCCCCCUCCCCCAUUUCCCGCCCUCUCCUUUCCACACACACGGCCCCCCCACCCUCCCCGACCAUGGAUCCGGGCAGCGGCGGCGGCGGGAGCAGCAGCGGCAGCAGCAGCAGCGACUCGGCGCCCGACUGCUGGGACCAGGCGGACAUGGAAGCCCCAGGCCCCGGGGGCGCCCCUCCGGCCGCCACGGCCGCCGCGGCCGAGGCCCAGAACCUCAGCGCGGCCUUCAGCCGGCAGCUCAACGUCAACGCCAAGCCCUUCGUGCCCAACGUCCACGCCGCUGAGUUCGUGCCGUCCUUCUUGCGGGGCCCGGUCCAGCAGCCGCCGCCACCGCCGCCGCCCCCAGCCGGCGCCACUGCCGCCCAGGGAGACGGCACCGGAGCAGGAGGCCCCGCCGGCCCCAAGGCACCUGUGGAACCUUCUCAAGAAGAACAGUCAGUGUUGUAUGAAGGUUCAAAUUCAGCUGUUAGCAUGGAAGUUUCAGAACCUGUUGUAGAAAAUGGAGAGACAGAAAUGUCCCCAGAAGAAUCAUGGGAGCACAAAGAAGAACCUAGUGAAGCAGAGUCAGGGGGUGGCUCUUUGGGAGACGGAGGGCCUCCAGAGGAGAGUGUCCCAGAAAUGAUGAUGGAGGAAGAGGAAGAAAUACCCAAACCUAAAUCUGUGGUAGCACCACCAGGUGCACCCAAAAAAGAGCAUGUAAAUGUAGUAUUCAUUGGGCAUGUAGAUGCCGGUAAAUCAACUAUUGGAGGACAAAUAAUGUAUUUGACUGGGAUGGUUGACAAAAGAACACUUGAAAAAUAUGAACGAGAAGCUAAAGAAAAAAACAGAGAAACUUGGUACUUGUCAUGGGCCUUAGAUACAAAUCAGGAAGAACGAGACAAAGGUAAAACUGUGGAAGUGGGCCGUGCCUACUUUGAGACAGAAAAGAAGCACUUCACCAUCCUAGACGCUCCUGGGCACAAGAGUUUUGUCCCAAAUAUGAUUGGUGGUGCUUCCCAAGCUGAUCUGGCUGUGCUGGUAAUCUCUGCUCGGAAAGGAGAAUUUGAAACUGGAUUUGAAAAAGGAGGACAGACAAGAGAACAUGCCAUGUUGGCAAAAACAGCAGGUGUAAAACACUUAAUAGUGCUUAUUAACAAGAUGGAUGAUCCAACAGUAAAUUGGAGCAAUGAAAGAUAUGAAGAAUGUAAAGAAAAGUUGGUGCCAUUUUUGAAAAAAGUUGGCUUCAAUCCCAAAAAGGAUAUACACUUCAUGCCCUGCUCAGGAUUGACUGGUGCAAACCUUAAAGAGCAAUCAGAUUUCUGUCCUUGGUAUAUCGGGUUACCAUUUAUUCCAUAUCUGGAUAAUUUGCCAAACUUCAACAGAUCAGUUGAUGGACCAAUUAGGCUGCCAAUUGUGGAUAAAUACAAGGACAUGGGUACUGUGGUCCUGGGAAAGUUGGAAUCCGGCUCUAUUUGUAAAGGACAGCAGCUUGUGAUGAUGCCAAACAAGCACAAUGUGGAAGUUCUUGGAAUCCUUUCUGAUGAUGUAGAAACUGAUUCUGUAGCCCCAGGGGAAAACCUCAAGAUUAGACUGAAGGGAAUUGAAGAAGAAGAAAUUCUUCCAGGAUUCAUACUUUGUGAUCCUAAUAAUCUUUGUCAUUCUGGACGCACGUUUGAUGCCCAGAUAGUGAUUAUUGAGCACAAAUCUAUCAUCUGCCCAGGUUAUAAUGCGGUGCUGCACAUUCAUACCUGUAUCGAAGAAGUUGAGAUAACAGCCUUAAUCUGCUUGGUAGACAAAAAAUCAGGAGAAAAAAGUAAGACACGACCACGUUUUGUCAAACAAGAUCAAGUAUGCAUUGCCCGUUUAAGGACAGCAGGAACCAUCUGCCUUGAGACCUUCAAAGAUUUCCCUCAGAUGGGUCGUUUUACCUUAAGAGAUGAGGGGAAGACCAUUGCAAUUGGAAAAGUUCUGAAACUGGUUCCAGAGAAGGACUAAGCAUUUUUCUUGAUGACCCUGCACAAUACUGUGAGGAAAAUUGACUCUGCAAAAGCCUACUUCACACCGCCUUCUCUUAUUUUCUGCCCAUUGAUAAACUUCUCCCCAUAUUUUGCAAAGACAAAAUUCACAGCAAAAGUCCACAUUAUGUCAGCUUUCUCAUAUUGAGAGCUCUGCUAUGCCACUGUUGAAUUUCCCCCAAAGUUUUUUUUCCUCCUCCCAAAUUCUGCUUCCUUGGACAGAUUCGGCAAUAGCUUUGUAAGUGAUGUGGACAUAAUUGCCUACAAUAAUGAAAAACCUAAAGGAAUUUUUUAUUUUUAAUUUUCCCCUUAGGCAUAUUUAGACAUCUUUUUUCCAGGCAGAUCAUUCAGAGUGUGCGAGUGUGUGUGCACAUGUUACAAAGACAACUACCAUGUUAAUAAAAUAUUCAAUUUGAAAUCCUUUUCGGUAUUUGAAUUGCUUUUGAAUAAUGUUUUUUAUCUGGAUGUAACACUGUUGCAUUAGCUUUUUAACUUUCCAAGUAAUUGAAUACAUUUUAUUACUUGGACUUUUCUAAACUACCCCACCUACCCACUGUUUUAAAUGAGGCAUUUACAAACAACGUUCAAGGUUGUUAUUAAAGGAAAAAAAUUAAGUUUUCUCCCAUUCAGUGGUUAGUGCAUUCAUAAAACUAAAAUACGUUUGUUCAACUAUGACACUGCUAUGUUAGUUUUUAUUAUUUUCUGCCAAAAUUAAUAUUUAGGUUUGUUUACUUGAUUUCUUAAACAUUUUGAGUUGUUUUGAAAAGACAAAGAGCAUUCUGUGGUUUUGUAGGUAAAACAUAAUGAAAUUCUUCCCCUUUGUAAAAAUCUAGUAACUAGCAAAUCAGUGGAAUUCACAAAAAAGAAAACUUGCAAGUGGCAUGAAGUGCUUCUAUUAACAUUUAUAGAAGCUGCAUUGAGUUUGAAAACUGCAUCAGUGAAAAAUGCCAGUUUAUAAGUUACUCAGUUCAUUCUCUGUAUCGGUAACUUUGAAGGCUGGAUAAUUCUUGCUAUUUAAAGCUAAAUAUGAAUUAAGAAUAACAACUACCAAAUAUUUAUGAUGAUAAGAUUUUUCAUAUAUUGGAGUGAGAUAAGUAGAAUCGAACACAGUUAUGAUUUAAGAAAUUUGACCAUGAAAACCGAAUUUUCUAAUCUAAAAUUGAAAUUAUUUUUUGAUUGAGCCACAUGCCAGCAUUGUAGUUCUUUUUAGGUUGAAGCUUAACAAUCUACCAUAACUGUGACUUAAAUCAAAUUUAAGGGGAAUAAGAAAAGGGAAAGAAAAAUUUUAAAGUCCCUUAAUUUAAUUUUUAGCGUUUCCAUUUAUUGAAGAGUUGACUUUUAGAAUGUUAAUUUCCCCUAAUAUAAGAUACUAUGUAAUCAUGUAUUUAAAUAAUGGAGAGUCCCCUUCCUGUAACAUCCCUCAGAAAUGAAAAAGUAACAGUCAGUGACUGUAUUUCCAUUCACAAAAUUUAAAACUUAAGACAUUUUAACUCUUUCUGUUUCUUUGUAACUGUGGAACUCCCAUUCAUUUAACUUAAAAGGCUACAUUGUAUGGACAGAGCAAAAUUAUUGUCCUUCAGUUUCAUAUAAUUACACUUGUAGCUACCAUAAUGCAUGAAAUUUAAAUAAAUUUUAUUAUGUCUGCAAAUCUCUGGGCUUUUAUUUCUGGGAAAUCUGAGAGCUUUAAUUGAAAUUUAUUAGCUCUUUUGUACUGGCAAGUUAACAAGAGCAACAUACUAGCUUUUCUUGGAUUUCAGAAUCUAAAAGUUACAGAAUCAGUGAAAUUCUAUCCAAAGAUUAUUUUCCAUUUUUGAUUGAAUUUUUUAAUCAGAUGUUUGCUCUCAAAAUGUUUACACUUUCAAUAGCUGCUUGUUGCCAAGACUGUUAAAGAGAAUGAUACUAUGAAAGAUAUGCUAAUAGUUAACAGCUAUAUUUAAAAUCCAUUUUUGAAAAGUAUUUAGUAGAUUUUUCACAUUUAAGUAACAGACAUUAAAUUAAUUAUUCUACAAAAAUUAAAGCAUGGAUAAUUGACUGGAAUGUGUUUCAUAUGAAAACAUUCCAAUUUAGAGUUGGUAAAUUUUAAAGGUAGUCCCCUUUGAUUUUAGCUAAUAUUUUACACAGGGGACUUAAGAUUGUGAAGUGAUUUUUGUAGCAUGUGGAGAUUUGGCAGAUAGCCAUUUAGCCUUCUCUAAAUGCUGACCUGUCAUUCUCAAGUCUUUUGCAAUUUGCUUACAUAUUAAUGUUCAAGUGGCAAAGCAGUAGGGCAGUUGCCUAUGUGUUUAGGAUAUAACCUAAACAUUUUUAUGUCUUUAAUAAUAGAAGUAUUAGAUAAAUAAAUGAUUUUCCUUGAAAGUUCCUCAGAGAUUGCAUCUUUUUAUGUUAAAUAAAUAUGCUUCAUCAACUUUUCAUGCUAGAUCAUUUUGCAUAAGUUUUUAAUUGAUGCACUGAAUUUGGGUGAAGAAUGCAAAGGAAAAGAUUUCAUUUGUUUAGUUUUUGGAAUGUAGUACAACUGCUAGUUAUAAGUUUAUCAAUGUAAUGAGGUUUUCUAAAUAAUUGCCACCUUAUUUAUUUCAGUGGAGAAACAAAAAAAUGGCAUACUUACUGCUUUUAAUUUGAAAAGGACUUAUCCAGCCAUAAGAAUGGAAAUGUUUUGUAAAUUACAAUUUUAAAGAGUUGGACUUGAGUAUAUUGCCAUGAAAUAGACAUUAUCAAAUGAUAGAUGGUAUAAGCCCAUGUAUGUUUCCUUUUGAAAGUCUUGAUAAUGUAUAUGAUGAUUAAAUGCAAGAAUACCAUAAAUGUUCCUUAGAAAAGCCCAGGUUGUUCACUGUAACAUGAAACUAAUAUUUGUCUACUGGUAAAUGCUAUGAGAACUGCUCAUAUGGGACAAUAAAGACCAUAUUAAGUGAGCUGUUAUUGGCAAUAGCCACUCAAGUGGAGUACUUUCAGAUACUUUGGAUCAUAUUUGAAACCAAAUAAGGUUUGCUUCAAAAAAGUAUGGUAACCCUAACGUCCUGAAUGAACUUUUGAGGAAUUAGCUCUUCCACUGGUGAUCUACAGGAGCACUGGUUAUUUGGCUGGCAUCACUUCCUACAAGAUUUUUGAUGACUACUCCACAAAAGAGCACUCCAACAACUUUUCUCAGUGGCAAAGUCUUCCCGUUGAACAAGGCUACUUGGAUGAUGAUUCUACUGCUUUUGGUAGGGCUGUUAGGUGAUCAUGGUUUUAAAUGAAGUUGUCAAGUCCUCUUUAGUAUUUGGCAACUUUAAAACUGAAUUUUUAAUAGCUCUGGUUACAACACUAUAGUUCUGAUCACAUUGGCUAAUGUUAUAUUCAGCAUGGGCAGACAAUACCAGUGCAAACUGUCAUUAAUCCUCUCACAGACAUAUGUAAGGUAGAUAGUGGUCAAUCAGGGGUGGUGUUUUUUUUUUCUACUCUAGAAAUCUUGGCUUAGAUUUUCCUCUGCUGAUUUUUAAGUGAAACCUUGAUAUCUGAUAAAUAGGAUUUUCUUAUAGAAGUCACACCAUGGCAGUAACACAAUAGUCUAUGCAGUUCUAAGCAAUUCAGAACAUGUGAGAGUUGCAUUUUGUACUCCUUAUACAUUUCAGUAAAUAGAAGCUAUUACCCAAGAUUAUUUUCCAACAGAUUUUCAGAGUAGUUUCAAUUUGAAUCUGUUUACUAUUAUUAGCAUUCAAGUUGGCCAAAUAUUGAUGGAAUUUUGGUUCUAAGAUAUUGAAUUACUUUUCAGUAUCAUAGGACCUCACUGAGUCUUCCCUAUAUAUAUACACUUUUCAUGCACCUCUAAUUCUGUACUUCCUUGAAUCAUCAGUAUGCUAAAUGUUAUUGGUGCACUUAGGAAUUGAACACAAAACAGAAACAAAACACUACCGUGGGACUAAAGCCUUUCUUAUAUUCUGUAAUGAUAAUAGAACUGUUUCUUUCAUUAAGCUGAAGAUGCCAGAUUUGAGAGACCCAUGAGUGCCACCUUUUUUUUUUUUUUUUUUUUUUCUGGUCAUCUAGCAUUGGCCAUGUGUGCCUGCUAAAGCUUAAUAUUGAACUAUCAGGUUUGGAGAGAGCAGACAUGGAAUAAGACUAUUUUCCCUCUACCCUUAUUUAGCUUUAAUUUUCUAAACUAUUAGUUAGCCUAGUCAUUGGUAGAUGAAAAAGUUGUUUUGUUUCGAAUACUGCUGGCCAUAGGUUCUCACUACCUCCUUUUCUGCUAUCCAUGAAAGGGAAUACAUUUAUAUAUGUUAUAGCUUGUGAAUUCCUUGGGUAAUGAAAUUUCUUCCCUGUUAUCCAUAUACACAUUAAGUAGGAAUUGUGAGAAUUUAGUUGUUAAGAUAAUUACUUUUUUUCCUCAUGUAUGUUGUAUUUAGUAAAAAACAAAAAACAAAAAAACAAAAAAUAGGCUGUGCAUUACAGCCUUUAUUUUUAUGGAUGAGUACUGAAUACUUAUACACAUAGUGUAUUUUAUCAGAUAUUCAUUGGUAAUAAAUUGCCAAAUGUCUAUUCCCUCUCUGUUUUUAGUAAGACUUGAGUUUCUUCUGUUAGUUCCUACAAAAAACAAAACAAGAACCCUAGAAAUCUUUCAAGAUUUUCUAUGACUGAAUUUAUUUUCAAGUGGGGAGGAUAAAGGAACUGGUUACAGUAUUUUAAAAGCAAAGUCAAGUUAAGUGGGAAUUUUGGGGAUCCACAGUUAAAAUUCUUUUUUUUUCUAUAUGAUUUAUAGCUACCUACUGUGCCUAACAUGAUGCCUGUGUGAGGAUUACGCUUAGUCUGCUCUUGCGGCUAUUCAUAUGACAAAUAAAAAAAUUUGCCUUUGUAAUAACAAUAAAAAAUUGUCAUCUUCCCUUUUGAAGGAUUUGUCUCUUUGUUUAUAAUCACCUUCAUUGUACCAUACCAUAAGUGCAAAUGUCUAUGCUUCUGUACAUUCUUAAUUUAUUUUUGUAUUCCUUACUGUGCUUAGAAGCACCUACUAAGCAGUACUUUUUUUUUCUUUUAAGAAUGGGUCUUGUAAGUUUUGUUGUACCAAGAAAUAACAAAUUUGUGUGUUUUGGCUAUGCUUGCAUACCACGUGCAAGGCUUUUGACUGGCUUAUCUGACUAAAGCUUGCAAAGCAUAAAACAGCACUCCAGGAAGUUGGAAAUACUUAACAAUAUUAAUAAGUCAUUACAAUGUACAGUUUUUUUUUUUCUAUACUGUUUCAUUGGGAACUGUCAGUGAUUUAAUCAGUAGACCUAACAUGUACCUCAAUAUAUACUUUUUCACCAGGUAAUGCUCUAAUCUAUGAAAUUUCAAGAUUUUUUUAAUAUAGAGACCAAAUAGUAUUUUCCCUUUAUUCUGUACAAAAGCAAACUAUGAACUGAAGUAUAUACAAUGGUUAAACUUAUAAAUGACAGCAAAAUGUUUCUUUUUCCUUUUCUCAUAUCUAUUGGCUUUUUUUGUAAUCUCUACAACUAGAACUUUAGCUAAAAGAUGUUACUCCAAAUUUUGCAUGAGCAGAAUCCAAAUGUAUUUAUGGCACAAAAAAAAAUUUGAGAAAAAGAAGCUUUAGGCUUUUUUGAUUCUUAGAAUUUCAACGUAGAUAUAUAGUGACCAAAGGGAGUUGAAUUUUAUUGAGUUGUGAUUGCUAUGAAAGGUAACUUAAUUGGAUAAUUUUCCAACAACCAAUAUUAUGUUUCUGAUCUAAGUGGGCCCAGAGCCAACUAAAAAAAUGCGUUUGUCUUCAUUAACUAAAGGAAUGAUCUACAUUAUCUUUUGAUAUCAAGCCACAUCUAGGUGUUAUUGCAAGGUGGAUAGACUACUGUUGAGUAUAAGACCUUUGUCCUCAUUACUGUGUUUCUUUCCUAAGCAUAUGGUGUCCUUUUUUGAGAGAUCAUAGGUCUUUACAGGGGCAAGGCUGUAUGUCCACCUUUGUUGCUAUUUUUUUUUUUAAGAUGAAGGUGAUAAUCCCUAAUCUGGAAUACUUGAAGCAUUUAAAAAGUAUAAUAUUUAGAUCCUGGGCAGGGUGUUGUUUAUUUUACUUCAUUAAUCCCUUUGUUUUUAGUUAUGGCAUUAUUUUAAGCACAUUACCAUUGGAUGAUAUGGUGAUAUGUGGACAAUUUAAAUAAAAUCUGUUUGGACUACUGUA